UAAUUUUAGUGACAACUCAAUCGGUUGGGUGGUGAAGUUGAAUAACAUGAAAUUGACGACGACGACGACCCAAGUUAUUCAUUUGUAACAAAGAGUUCAAUCAAACCCAAACUAAAGUUUCAAACUUGAUUACAACAAUGGCUAUGGAUAAACCCCAAAACCAAAACCCAAACCCCUGAUUCAUUCCAACAAACCCUCACUCUUUCUUCUUCUUCUUCUUCUUCUUCUUCUUCUUCAAUUUUCAGCUCCAACACUCAUCAAAUGGACUUCACUAUCUCCUCCAAACCCAACCCACUUCUCUUUUCUUCACUCCCACCAAACCCAAUUCUUUUCAACCUACCAUUGAACCAAAGACACAAACUUUCCCGCCACAAACUGGGAUUUCGUGUUCUAGCCCAAGCAAACUCCAAUGGGUCAAAUGGGUUUUCUUGGUCAACUCUCUCUCGCUCCCUACAGCAAGGCUCGGCUCGGUUCUGGUCCAAUUUUGGUGAGGCAGUCAAGAAGGAAACUGGGUUUGAUUUUGAUAAUGCCAAUGUGAAGCUCACUGAGUUUACUGGCCGAGUUAGAGAUGGAGUGAAGGUUGGUGGGAGUGAGUUGGAACAGGUUUUGCCGGAGUUUGUUAAUUGGAACAAGUGGCAAUAUUGGAAGGAUUGGAAGGCAUGGGACUCUAAAAGAAUUGCUGCAUUGAUUCUGUAUCUCUUUGUUGCUGUAAUGUCGUCUCGGGGAUUAUACUCUGCGAUUCGAGCUCCUUAUAUCGAUCGCCAGAAAAGAGAGUUAACAGAGGCUUAUAUGGAGGCAUUGAUUCCUGAGCCUUCUCCUAGAAAUGUUAAAGAGUUGAAGAAGAGUAUGUGGAGGAAGACCAUGCCGAAAGGCCUCAAAUUGAAGAAGUUUAUUGAGAAACCUGAUGGAACAGUUGUUCGUGAUAUUUCUUACGUCGGAGAAGAUGCAUGGGAUGAUGAUUCAAAGCCCGAGGACAGCGUAAAACAAAUCCUUGAAAGUGAUGCAAAGUUAAAUGCAGAAGAAAAGAAAGAGCUUAAGCAAGAACUUGGAAUUUCAGGUGAAAUUCAAGAAGGUGGAGGAACUUGGCGUGAAAGACUUCAAAAGUGGAAGGAAAUCAUGCAAAAGGAAAAAUUAAGUGAGCAAAUAGAUUCACAGAAUGCCAAGUAUGCAGUUGAAUUCGACAUGAAAGAGGUUGAAAACAGUCUUCGCAAGGAUGUUGUGGAAAGGACAACAGAUACAGAGGGAUCUAGGGCCUUGUGGAUAUCUAAAAGAUGGUGGCUUUAUCGUCCCCAACUCCCUUACACUUAUUUUCUUGAAAAACUUGAUAGUUCUGAGGUCGCUGCUGUUGUCUUUACCGAGGAUAUGAAAAGGCUGUAUGUUACAAUGAAAGAAGGUUUUCCUCUAGAAUAUGUGGUUGAUAUUCCAUUGGAUCCAUACCUGUUCGAGACUAUCACAAGUUCGGGUGUUGAAGUAGAUCUUCUUCAAAAGCGCCAAAUCCAUUACUUUUUGAAAGUUGUAAUUGCAUUGCUGCCUGGAAUUCUAAUUCUUUGGCUCUUGAGAGAAUCUGCAAUGCUUCUUCUCAUCACUUCUAAGCGGUUUCUUCACAAGAAGUACAAUCAACUUUAUGAUAUGGUUUAUGCAGAAAAUUUCAUCCUGCCGGUUGGAGAUGUUGGUGAAACAAAAUCAAUGUACAAGGAAGUAGUAUUAGGAGGUGAUGUUUGGGAUCUUCUCGAUGAGCUAAUGAUUUACAUGGGAAACCCAAUGCAAUACUAUGAAAGAGGCGUUCAAUUUGUUCGGGGUGUUCUUCUCUCUGGACCACCUGGAACUGGAAAAACACUUUUUGCAAGGACGCUUGCCAAGGAAAGUGGAUUGCCGUUCGUUUUUGCUUCGGGUGCUGAGUUUACAGAUAGUGAAAAAAGUGGUGCCGCGAGAAUCAAUGAGAUGUUUUCUGUUGCAAGGAGAAAUGCUCCUUGUUUUCUGUUUGUGGAUGAAAUCGAUGCAAUUGCUGGACGACAUGCAAGAAAGGAUCCGAGAAGAAGGGCAACUUUUGAGGCUUUGAUUGCACAACUUGAUGGGGACAAGGAAAAAACUGGGGUUGAUCGGUUCUCGCUUAGGCAAGCAGUGAUAUUCAUCUGUGCAACAAAUAGACCAGAUGAAUUGGACCUCGAAUUUGUUCGUCCAGGAAGGAUUGACCGUCGUUUGUACAUAGGGUUGCCUGAUUCAAAACAACGGAUUCAAAUGUUUAAUGUUCACAGUUCAGGAAAGAAACUUGCGGAAGAUGUUGACUUUGGAAAACUUGUAUUCCGUACAGUUGGAUUUUCUGGGGCUGAUAUUAGGAAUCUUGUCAAUGAAGCAGCAAUUAUGUCGGUGAGAAAAGGCCGUACGAAAAUAUACCAGGAAGAUGUCGUCGAUGUAUUAGACAAACAAUUGCUUGAGGGGAUGGGUGUACUUCUCACCGAAGAAGAGCAGCAGAAAAGUGCAGAAAGUGUAUCGUUUGAGAAGAAACGGCUGCUGGCUGUACAUGAAGCCGGGCACAUAGUGUUGGCUCAUUUGUUUCCAGAGUUUGAUUGGCAUGCAUUUUCUCAGCUCCUUCCUGGUGGCAAGGAGACUGCAAUUUCCGUGUUCUUUCCCCGGGAAAAUAUGGUGGACCAAGGUUAUACUACAUUCGGCUACAUGAAAAUGCAAAUGGUAGUUGCACACGGUGGUCGUUGUGCUGAACGGGUUGUAUUUGGCGAUGAUAUAACUGAUGGAGGAAGGGAUGAUCUUGAGAAGAUAACAAAGAUUGCUCGUGAGAUGGUAAUCAGCCCUCAAAAUCGGAGGUUGGGGCUCUUUGGUCUUACGAAAAAAGUUGGAAUGGUGGAUCGUCCAGAUAAUCCCGAUGGCGAGUUGAUAAGAUACAGAUGGGACGAUCCUCACGUUAUUCCUGCAACAAUGACGCCGGAAGUGUCUGAGCUAUUCACUCGAGAGUUGACAAGGUAUAUUGAAGAGACCGAAAAGCUAGCAAUGGAUGGACUGAGGAAAAAUAAGGACAUAUUGGACAUGAUAACCGUGGAACUGUUGGAGAAAUCAAGGGUAACUGGACUGGAGGUUAAAGAGAAACUGAAGGGUCUUUCUCCAGUGAUGUUUGAAGACUUUGUACAACCAUUCCAGAUAAACAUGGAAGAACAGGAGGGACCAUUGCCACAUAAUGAUAAGUUGCGAUAUCAAACACCAGACAUAUAUCCUGCACCCUUGCACAGAUGCUAACUGUUUCAGGAGGGAUCACACUCUCACAAUGUCUUGAGUUUAUCAAUAAGAAGACAGAUUUUUUUUGGUCCUUUGUGUUAAAAAAGGGGACAGGAUUUUAGUACACUCAAAGUACAUUUUUCUCCAAGUUCACCGACGCAUAUUUUCAGAAACAAGUUCUGGUGGGUGGUGUAGACUUGUGAAAUUUCGCAACAUGUCACAAGUUGUUCUUCUUGAGAGAUGUGGAGGAUAUUGAAUCCUAUCAGAGACAGUGUCAGUGCUUAGAGAUUUCUGUAGCAGAAUUUGUCACUCUGAACAACAAUCUCGGUGUGAGUUUUCGUAAUGGUCAGAAUUCAGAGUGUUCUAUUUAGUGAUGAGGAGGCUCAUUGAUUCUUCAAUCCAGUUUUGCAUAUCUCAUAGUCAUAGUCACAGUAAAUUAUUCUUUCUGUUGAGUAUUGAAGAUUACAAGCAACAUAUGUAGCAGUACACAUCCAAAAUUUUGCAAGAGCUAAUGAUAAAUAUAAAUUAUGAUAUUCUCAAA